AGCUGACUGAAAAUAUGUUGCUCAUAUGACUGACCUUUACCCUUGGUGGGCACCAUAUUGUGCCGAAGUCGUACAAGGAAGUUGAGCGGAUUAAUUCAACAUAAAAUUCAUAAGAAAGUCAGUUCCCCCGCUUGUAGAACAUGGCUCGAUUUUAUGUUUCACACGGCGGUUGAUACAUUCUUCCAGUCUCUGCGAAACGCAUUAAUUUAGCUUCUCCCUCUCCGGAUCGAUAUAAUUUAAUCGGCCGAUAUGUGUUGCCAGUUUUAAAAUGUUUCGUUCUUGUGCUGCAAUCUAAACAAUAUUCGGAUUCAUAAACAGAUGUGAUUCUCACUAAUCCACACGAUGGCUAACAGUGCUUUCGGUCCAGUGGUCGGGCCAACAGCGUUCCCGGUAUCCAACAUCGGUCCUCAUCCCACACGGGACGAACAGGCCCUUGGACUUAAGGUCAUUUAUAAUGUCUGUCGGAACCUUUAUCCGGAUCAACCUACGCCUCUGCAAGUCACCGCAUUGCGGAAAUUUUGGAUGGGUGGACCGGACCCUUUGGAUUUUAUCAAUAUGUAUUCCAAUCCGGGCUCCACCGAGCUUCGUAGCCCACCUCACUGGCAUUAUGUUUCCAAUGGACUUUCAGAUCUGUAUGGCGAUUCCCGGUUACACAAUCAGUGCGCCUCUGUGGACGAACCGAGUGGCUUUGGUUUCGAACUUACUCUGCGUAUCCGACGGGAACCCACGGAGACACACCCACCUACUUGGCCCGCACAUCUGUUGCAAAGCCUUGCUCGUUAUGUGUUUCAUUCACAAGCGCAACUCAUGGUUGGAGAUCACAUCCCCUGGCCGUCGGCCUUAGAUAAGCAACCUUACUCACCAUCACCACAACAAGAACAAAUAGAUGGAUCAGUGCACGACAACAGAUCGACUCAAAAGCCGACCGAAGCAGACGCCCAUUCAAUUGCGGUUGCAGCCGCUGCCACUGCAGCUUCAAUUCUCGCCACGAACGGUACCAAAUCGGGUGAACCACGGAUGGCUGCGCUCGCAAAUCCGAAUAUAUACGCCUCUAUGGUUGCUGCUGCUUUGGCUGCUGUGCAGUCGACAACGAACAGCCAGGCCCGAUCUCAAUCUGGCUGUAAAACAGAACCGAAAGCCGGAAGGGUGGCAGGCGAAUCUCGAAUUCACCAUAUGCUGGUCGUAGAGGAUCCACAGCUGAAGAGGAUUUCGACACCUUAUGGUUAUGUGCAGUUCUUGCAGCUUGUAGGCCUGUGUGAAGAGGAACUCCGUCUUGUUCAGCGAUGGACUGGGAGCCGUGUCAUCGAUAUCAUGCGUCGUUUGCCGGAGACUGGAGGUGGCCUACUUGUAACCGACAUGAAAAGAAAGCUUAGUUUAUUUGAGCUAGAACCAAAAUUGGCAGAUUACGUCAAUGAACAGUUGAGAAUCGAGGGUUCCAAUCUGUCUGGUGUAACCACUCAAUAUUUCGCGUGGGCUCCCGUUUCUCUAUCCACUCUCGGUGAACUCUUACCCGGAGAACUUGAAGCGCGACGCCUUCGUCAUCCAGAACGUGAUCAAGUCUCGUCCAAACCUUACUCUUCUUCAGUGGGUGGAUCCCAAGCUGUCGGUCCGACCGUUGCAUCGGGUAGUGAACAACUUGAUGCGACAUCAGCGCCCACAGACCUUAGUGUAUCCCGCCUGAUUAAUUCGGACCAGAAGGCUCGUCUGUCUCCAGGUCCAGUAGCAAUGGAGACUGAAGACACUGUUGUAUCAUCUUCAACGAAGAAAGAUAUGGAUGAGGAUGAUUUUGUGGACGUUGUUGGAGACUCCGGGCCGUCCUCUCUGGUUAAUGCAAAGGUGGCUGCAACGAUAAACGAGAUGGAUGCGUGCGAUACACCAAAAUCUCUGAUCAACGACGUUACUUCGCUCCCAACUUCGUCUGUCCAAUCGUGCUCAACGCAGUCAACCAGUGCUCCUGGAACCUUCUCCGCCUGGUGCGCUCGCAUACCGUCUAGUGCCACUACUGAGAAUUCAAAAGUUUCGAAUACCGCAUUGACUCCUUCCGAUAUCAUUGGUCUCCUCCCCGAAACAUCGCAUGGACCUUCGGACCUUAUCUCACCACUUACUGGCCCACUUGGAUUCCGUACGUUUGGUAACCCUAACCCAGUGUGUUCCGUCAACAAUGGACCACGUGGCGGAUCACAUGACCAACGAGGCGCGCACACACCUGGAAGCACUGGUGAAGGUUCAGCUCCUUGUACACCUCUAGCCCAUUUGUCACUCUCUCCGGCCAGUCUUGAACUUCUUCCCACUCGAAUCAUUGAUUGUCUGGAUGUGCAUUUGUGUCGAGAAGCUGGCGAAAUGCUCCCCUUAGCAGUAAAUGAUCGGCUGAGACACGGAAAGCAUUUCACCUUUCUCAACUCCCACUUUCCUGACCACGCCAUCACGUUAGUUCCUAGUGGAGUCACGGGUGCCUUCGUUACGGAAGAGAAUCCUUACGUGGCUAGAGGACCUUGGCUCCAGAUACUCUUCCCAGAGGACUUCUUGGAGAGCUUGGAAUUCCAAUUCACCUGUCUGCAGCGCACGGACGAUUUGGCUCUCCCGAUAGUUUUUCGUUGGCCCGAGCGCAGGUUGCGUAUCUGUUUGGUGGAACCUUCACCAGCGUUGAAUUCGUGUUUGGUCAAUCAGAAUGCAUCAUACAACCUACCGACUCCAAGAUCCUUGCUACCGAAAGCGGUCACAAUGAACUCACCAGAUGGAAACCGGAAUUGGAGAAAUUUGAACUCACCUUCAAAUAAACCCGAUGUGAACGUUCCGCCUUCAGCAGUUAGAAGCCCAAGAAGCUUUUCCAUCCCAAGACCAGACCAUCCUCCACAACCCAGACCAGAGGACCAUGUCGCGCCAUCACACUUGCUACCCUAUUUCCCUCCCGGUUGCGUUCCUCCUCCCGCGAUGCUAGCUGCCAUGUUCAGCACAAGUUCACCUAUGCACUUUCAGGGGUCACCCCACCCACCAUCAGGAAUUGGUUCUCAGCCUCAAGCUGACCGUUCGCUCAUUGGGCCGAAUCAAACGGUGUUUGACGCCAAGUCGAACUGGAUGCAGUUCUUCAAUAGUUUUAUGAACAAACGAGAAACAACAAGUGGCGCCGUUUCACCACCAUUUAUUGCCAUAUCCGAAGCAAUGAAUGCAGCGAUGGGUGCAAUGCAACACCCUGGACCACGCUACAAUCCAUCGGUUGCUCGAGCGGGGAACCGCCCAACUACACCACGCUCACACGAGCCUGAACCUCCCGCAUGAUCGUUCCAGUCGUUUUUUCUAACACACCAAUAGUCUUGUUAACCACAGCCCAGCAAUUAUGUGUCAAUUACCCGCACAAGCGCCUUUGCAUUUCUUUACUUUGAACGCACUCUGACUCAAGACUCGCUGCUCCAUCUUCUCAAAUGAUAUUUCAGUUUGUGUCUUAGUGAUGCUUUGUAUUUUCGUGUCUCUGUUUUCCACGGUUGAACGGGGCUAUGCACACCCUGACGAUGUUACUACAUUAAUAUUAACUUCGGUUCAAAC